CGACAGCUUCUACUGAUGAGCAAUGGUAAUUUCUCCAGUAUCAAGCAGGCUCGUGUAGAGAAACCUUGAACCUCUUCUAAUCCACACACAAGCUACUCGACGCGCCUCCAAGGACAGCCACAAUGCAACUACGCCGUCUUGUCUCAGUCCUAUCCCUAGGUCAUGUUAUUACAGCAUUUCAAACGCAUGCAGAUACACACGAAAUAUGCCUAUCAAGUCCACUGCUACAGCAUGAAGUUCACGUUGAGCAACCCAUCUGCGCUGCACAUACAAUCCAGCCAGCACAGAACUUCAUCCAGGUUGAGCCGGAGCUGUGGGAUGAGAAUGACGAGCGUUACAUUCCUGCCAAGGACUACAAGCUCUCACCACCAUGGAAAGGACCUGAGAGCUGUUUCACCGAAUUUUGCAUCUACUCCAACAAGGAGAUAGGCGGGAGCGGCAUGGUUUUGAUCACAGCAGCCCGCCAGGCCUACCUCGCGGCCAAAUUUCCUGUACCUGCUCAGUCAAGCAUCGAACCAACGGCCUAUUACGAGAAAAAAAUUCCUGGGAAGGGAAUUGGGCUUGUCGCCAACCGAACCAUCCACAAAGGCGAGAUCAUCUUCCGGGCCUUGCCGGCGAUGCUGAUACAAGCGACGCCACAUAUGGACCUGGACCCGGAAGUGCGGGAGGACCUGUAUCGCCAAGCGGUUGACAAACUGCCCGAAUCCACCCGGGAGAAAUUCAUGAAACAAAUGGGUGACACCAUCUACGCCAAAAUGGAGAAGAACGCGUUCCGCUUAUACACGGAUGGCGACAAGGCGCACUCGGCGCACCUGGCCAGCUAUCCCGACGUUAGCAGGUUUAACCAUGAUUGCCGGCCCAACCUGCACUACCGCCUGCGCAACCUAACCCACAUCACGGUGGCCGUGCGGGACAUCCCCGCGGGCGAGGAGCUAACCAUCAGCUACAUCUACGGGCAGGAAGUCAAGUCCGAGCGGCAAUCCCAGCUUCGGGCAUGGGGGUUUGAGUGUUCGUGCCAGCAAUGCACCCUUUCCGAGGCCGACUCGGCAGCAUCCGACACGCGCAUCCGGCUGAUCAAGGAGCUCGAGGAGGAAAUCGAAUCCAAAAUGGCCAGCAAAGACCGCGGCGACGCAAUCAGGCCCGAGAUGGGCGGCAAACUGGUCGAGCUGUACCUCGCCGAGCGCCUCGACACGUACCUGGCCCCGGCCUUCACGCGUGCGGCGCUGAUCUAUUCCAUGUUUGGGAACGAGGAAAAGGCGAGGGAGUUUGCCACUCAGGCGGCCGAGGCGUUGGUCAGGGAGUAUGGCCCGGAUGCGAGGGACUAUGGGUCCAUGAAGAGCUUGGCUGAGGAUCCGAAGGGGCAUUGGUCGUGGGGGAUCAAGGUUGUUAGUGGAGAGGGAGUUGGAGAGGGGAGGAAUAGGACAAGGGGAAAGGGGAAGUAGCAUAGAAGGUGAAGGAGACUACCUACCUAACAUCGGUAGGUACCUACCUACCUGGCCUAGAUAAUCCGGUGCUAAAAGGGACGAACAAGGCUGUGUAGGUAGCUCCGGGCCCUAAGGAGAUUAAACGCUAUUAUUGUGCUGCA